AGAGAAAGGAAACAGAAUCGACGGGCUAACGACCAGUAGUAGCGUUCGUUCUCCCCUCUUUCUGUUUUUCCUCUCACCGACAGAUCCACAGAUAGGAAAAUACAAGAAGGAAGGCAAGGAGCACCAACCGUGCUGCACAUUUGUUUUCUUCUUCCACGCAGAGGUGGAACGCCAGGACGCACGCACGCACUCCGCUCUGGACUAAGCAUGCCCUGCUUAACUAAGAGUUUUUAUUAUGCAAACGACUGUUUUUUUAUAGCACAGUACUAGUAGUAGUAGUUACGUGUUUGAUUACUUUUUUUGAAUUUGAUUGAUUGCCUGUUAUUUUAUGUCGACGGCAAGUUGGCCUUUGAACACAAACAAGAGCCACACACACACACGCACACACACCAUUACUGUCAGCAGAUAAUGACAUGUCUCAGAUAAGUGAUUAGAUAACAAACCCACACACAUGACCCAUACUCCUCUCUCUCCUUUUCUCUCUCGCGCUCAGCAUCCAAGCAGUGGCCGCAUUCUCUUCCAAAAGAAAGGAGACUGGUGGACGGGAGGGGAGCGAGGCCGCGAGCUCCGGCCUGAAGCCACCGGCCUCCUUCCCCGAGCUCAAGCCUACAGCGAGCUCAGAGCUUACUUAUGUCUGCCAAUGGAGUCAUCUACAACUGAUGCCAGUGAUAAGCAUUUGGAGAGCUACCUGACAUUGGGUUUGACAGUAUCACAGUCAAAGAAAAGAGAUUGUAAAGUUCCAAAGGUCCUGUCGCUUCUUGCAACGUAUCUUUGCAGAGCAGUUCAGAAGAAUGAAAAGUUACUAGAUUCUAAAAAAAUAAAGGAGUCGACCACUAUUUUUCAUGGCCAAAGGAUACCAGAUCUUAGUAUACAGCUCUACGCGGAACGCAUUUUCAAGUAUGCCGAGUGCAGUCCAUCCUGCUUUGUGUUGGCACUUGUCUACAUGGAGAGAUAUCUACAGCAGCCACAUGUAUACAUGACACCCUUUAGUGUUCAUCGAUUGCUAAUUACAAGUGUGCUGGUUGCUGCCAAAUUCACGGAUGAUGCGUUUUUCAACAACGCAUUCUAUGCUAGAGUAGGAGGAAUCAGCACAAUCGAGAUGAAUCGGCUCGAGCUGGAUUUGUUGUUUAACCUGGACUUCAGGCUGAAAGUGAACCUGGAGACGUUUGGGAGCUACUGCUUGCAGCUGGAGAAACAUGCAAUGGCUUCACCAGAGAGACUGCCAGUUCAGCUUCUCUGUGUCAACGGAUCUAAAGAUUUGAGCUAUGGCAGUAGCGCUGAUGAGUUUUGUCAGAGCAAGCUCGUGCGACAAAGUUACAGCAGUCAGGCUCUCCAAGGAUGUAGCUGACCAAAUUAUUUGCGGCCUACGGUUUUGAAAAGCAUGUGACCUGAUUACUGAUUAUUCUUUUAGAUCUGACAUUUGUUCAUUCAGAUUACGUUAAGUUGUUCUGGAGUGUUUGAUUAGUAGGGCAUCAAUUCUAUUUUACUUCUACAUCACAGUAGUUCUUGCAACCCACUUUGUUGGGUCGUCAGGUUGUUCGAAAAGAACAGGUUUGGACAUUAGUCAGUCCUAUGAGAACCGCUGUUGUGUAAUUGGACCUUUUGCCAAGUAUCCUAUUAGCAGAUGAACACUAUUCAGUCGUAUGAGAACAACCGUGAUGUAAUUGGAUCUGUUGCCAAGUAUUCUAUCAGCGGAUGAAUCUGGCUUUUUCCAUGAUUA